GAAAGCAGCGGGAGAACAGUGCCUCACUCUAAGCUGCUUCACAAACACUGAAGAAUGAUUUUCCAUCAGCAGUGAUUCCAGGUGUUCACAUUUUACAUGAAGUAUUGAAGGUGGCAACUAUGACGACUAAGAAGCUGCUCAUUGAAACACUGAACCAGUUGAGUCCAGAGGACUUUGCUGAGUUCAAGUCACUCACUGAAGUAGAGAAAGAUCUCCAACUGAUGUCACAGAGCCGACUGAAAACAGCAAACACACAGGAUGUAGUGGAGCUGAUGGAGGAGACGUACAGGGGAGAGUGUGUGGAGGAGACCAGAAAGGCUUUAAUGAAGAUGAACAGGACUGAUCUGGUGCAGAGAUUAUCAGACAAACAGUUUCCUCCACUGAGCCAGAGAGUAGAAACGAUGGAGUCUCUUAUUGAGCUGCUCUUGGAAAAAUUGGCUGAUCUGAGAGUUAGUGAGCUCAAGAACUUUGAGCAGGUCCUCGGGAGGAAAUCUGACUUAAUCCUCCUGCUUAUGGAGACAGAGACAGACCUGCAGGACGUGGUGUUUUUGAUGGUGAGGACUUUUGGCCAACAGUCAGUGAAGAAGAUCGUGGAGGUUUUAAAGGAGAUGAAGAGGACUGAUCUGGCUCAGAGGCUGACAGACAGCAGCUCAGAAGCUCAAACUAAAAAUGAACAUCUUUCUGCACUAAUUUACAAAGUUGCAACAAUGGCAGCUGUUAAAGAUCUGCUUCUAGAAACACUGGAGGAUUUGAGUGAUCAGGAUCUCAAGGAGUUCAAGUGGUUCCUGCAGUUCACUCGUUUUCAGAAGAGUCUUCCACAAAUCAAACUGAGAGAUGAAAGAAAAAAAAUAGUGAAUGUGAUGGUUGACAAACUUGGUCAUCAGUCUGUGGAGGUGAUCAGGGAGGUUUUAACAGACAUGAAGAGAACUGAUCUGGUGCAGAGGCUGUCAGAGAGCAGCUCAGGACUCAAAGAGAAACACUCUGAGGAUGAACGUUGGCCUGCACUGAUCCACAAAGUACAAACGAUGGAGUCUGUUAUUGAGCUGCUGCUGGAAACUCUGGCUGCUCUCAAUGAUCAUGAGAUCAGCAGGUUCAUCUGGACUCUGCGACAAAGUGAUCAGAAACUUUUCUCAGACUUCUCAUUGAUGAUGUCAGACCUGCAGGACACAGUGUUUCUGAUGGUGCAGACUUACAGCCAACAGUCAGUGGAGAAGACCAUGAAGGUCUUAAAGGAGAUGAAGAGGACUGAUCUGGCUCAGAGGCUGUCAGUCUGCAGCUCACUGCCUAGAAAGAAACACUCUGUGGAUGAACGACGCUCUGCACUGAUCCACAAAGUGGCAAAAAUUGCAGCUGUUAAACAUCUGCUUCUAGAAAAUUUAAAUGAUUUGAACAAUAAGGAGCUCAAAAAAUUUAAGAGUUUCCUGCAGUUGAUUACUCCUUGGAAGAAUCUGGCGCAUUCCUCAUGGAAGUUGAAUCCAUCAUCAAACAGAGCAGAUGUAGUGAAUCUGAUGGUGGAUGAAUUUGGUCAGCAGUCUGUGGAGGUGACCAGAGAAGUUUUCAUGUACAUGAACAGAAUUGAUCUGGUGCAGAAGUUAUCAGAGAGCAGCUCAGCAUCCAGAGAGAAACACUCUGUGGAUGAACAUGGAGCUGCACUGUUGAAGAGAGAAGAAGCACUGACAGUUGUUAAAAACAUUCUUGUAAAAAUACUGAGACAUUUGGAUCAAAAGGAUCGCGAGAAAUUUGAGCUGUUGCUGCAGUUCACGUGCUUCAAGACAGGCCUGCCACAAAUAAAGACAUAUACAAACAUGAGAGAUGAACUAGUGCAUCAGAUGGUGGAGGAACUUGGUCAUCAGUCUGUGGAGGUGACCAGGGAGGUUUUAACAGACAUGAAGAGAACUGAUCUGGUGCAGAGGCUGUCAGAGAGCAGCUCAGGACUCGGAGCUGCAGGAUCAUCAGCUGAAGGAUUUGAUGUGGAGGAAACAGAGAAAGAGAAACACUCUGAGGAUGAACGUUGGCCUGCACUGAUCCACAAAAUAGAAACGAUGGAGUCUGUUAUUGAACUGCUUCAAGAAACUCUGGCUGCUCUGAAUGACCAGGAGCUCAGCAAAUUCAAGAAACAAAUUCAUCAUCAGAAAUCUGACUUUCCAUUGACACGGUACAUGAGGACAGACCUGCAGGACACAGUGUUUAUGAUGGUGCUGACUUACGGCCAACAGUCAGUGGAGAAGACCAUGAAGGUCUUAAAGGAGAUGAAGAGGACUGAUCUGGCUCAGAGGCUGUCAGACUGCAGCUCACUGCCUAGAAAGAAACACUCUGUGGAUGAACGACGCUCUGCACUGAUCCACAAAGUGGCAACAAUGGCAGCUGUUAAACAUCUGCUUUUAGAAACUUUGAGUAAUUUGAACGGCAAUGAGCUUGAGAAAUUCAAGAAAAUCCUGCAGUUGAUUUUUCCUUGGAAGAAUCUGUCAUAUAUCUCAUGGAAGUUGAAUCCAUCAUCAAACAGAGCAGUUAUAGUGAAUCUGUUGGUGGAUAAACUUGGUCAGCAGUCUGUGGAGGUGACCAGAGAAGUUUUCAUGUACAUGAACAGAACUGAUCUGGUGCAGAAGUUACCAGAGAGCAGCUCAGCAUCCAGAGAGAAACACUCUGUGGAUGAACAUGGAGCUGCACUGUUGAAGAGAGAAAAAGCACUGGAAGCUGUUAGACAGAUUCUCCUGGAAACACUGAAUGAAUUCAGUCAAAAGGAUCUCGGUAAAUGUAUCCUGUUGCUGCCAUUCACCUGCUUUAAGAUGGGCCUGCCACAAAUAGAGAUGUAUACAAACAAGGCAGAGAGACUUGUGGAUCUGAUGGUGGAUAAACUUGGUCAUCAGUCUGUGGAGGUGACCAUGGAGGUUUUAACAGACAUGAACAGACCUGAUCUGAUGCUGAGGCUGUCAGAGAGCAGCUCAGGACGAAAAACUGAAAGAAGUUCAGAGCUUGAAGGUUGUCAGAGCAUGACGCAGGACACCAGUGAUUGGACUAAACUUGAACCUGAGGUGAACAGUACAGAUGCAGACGAGGCUCCAACUUACAGCCUUCAGUCUGCAGCAGGACACUUUGAAUGCAGAGUCUCGGGCUUGCGCUGGGUCUGUAAGGGAAAGACCAGCUUUCAGUACCAGUUUAGAUCUUGGGAGGGACACAUGGAGAGGAUGGAGAGCAGACAAUACAUGCCUGCAGGUCCUCUGAUGGACGUCACAGUCACUGCUGGGAAGUUAAAUGAAGUUCACCUGCCACACUGGAUCUGCAUCGAUGACAUCCCUGACAUAUUGGACAAGUUUGCAGUCGUUCACAUAGAUGACUGUGGAGAUGUUGUGGAAAAAGUGUCUGAGGUCACACCAACACAUGUCAAGUUAACUGAACCAAAUUUCUCGAUAAUAGCGGCUCUGAUACGUUUCAUAUUUCCUCCAAAAAUCAGCUGUUACAUGUUGAUGUACUAUAAACUCAACACAUCUUUCCUCAAACUCCACGUCUACCUGAUACGACAGGAUCCUGCUCUGGAACAGAGAUUUGACGACAGAGAAUCCUGUGAGGGAUUUAAAAGAAUCAGAAAGCAUCAUCCAGACAAGUACCUGCAAACUGAGCGUCUGUUCAGUCUCAGAGCCGACAACGCAAGUGCAAAGAUCCAACCGCAGGCGUUAACCCUCAGAUACAAUAACCAAAACCUCUAUGAGGUCUACAUUAAGAAUCCAGGCAGUGAACUCAUACUUGCACUCCUGCACACUGAACCACUUGUUGGUGAACCUGAUGACCCACUGUGGAUCUGUGAAAUUCGAAAAGAAGAUGACCAUCCAGAGUCUGGUUAUGUCAAAGAGAAACACUCUGUGGAUGAAGAUCUCUCUGCACAGAUGCAGAAAGCAUUAACAGUCCAAUCAGACAGAGAGAAGCUUUUGGGAAUGUUGAAAGAUCUGAAAAAGGACGAGCUUGAAAAGUUCAAGUGGUUCCUGCGAGACCGUGAUGUUUUGGUGGAGCUCCAACCCAUCCCAGAGAGCCGACUGGAGAAGACCAGCACCUGUAACCUGGUGGAUCUGAUGUUGCAGACCUACACAGAAAAGUCUGUGGAGGUGACCAAGAAGGUUUUGAAGAAAAUCACGUCAAGUCUACAAAAAGAAAACCACUUUGUGGAUAAACACAGAGUGGAGCUGAUCCAGAGAGUGAGCAACAUCGAGCCGAUUCUGGACGAGCUCCUGAAAGGAAAAGUUAUCCAGCAGGAAAGUUAUGACAGAAUCAGAGCUCUGCAGACUUCUCAGGAAAAGAUGAGGGAACUCUACAGCGGUCCCCUGAAAGCUGGCAGUGCCUCCAAAGAUGUCUUCUACCAAAUCCUUCAGACACACGAGAGACUCCUUGUUAACGACCUCUGCUGAAAGAACGUUUGCUGAAAUCCAUUUUGUGUUCUACAGUUAAAGUAUUUACAAAAGGGAAAUGCUGACAUUAUGUCUCUGUGGGUUUCUGAUAUAAACAUAAGAAAUAUCUGACUCUUUGUUUUAUGCUUAAAUAUGACAGUGGGCGGAUUUAUAACACUGGUUAUAAUUUGGACCUGGUGACAUCAUACAGGCUACGAAUGUUUAAUCUGUUGUUAAUAAUUACAGGUGCUGGUUGCUGUACAUGAAUCCUGAAAACAGGAAAGAAAUGAUGAGACUGGGAGACGAGUCGCAGCUGAGCUUUCAUCCCACUUCUCACUUUGGCUUUUGCAUAUUUAAUAUUUUCAAAUCUUCCUCACAAAUUCAAAUAAAAAAAUCAUAAUAUU